AUGCCUACUCAUCUCGCCGCUAUCUGCCCAGGCAAAGGCCAACCCUUCCAAGUCCAAGCACGAUCCACUCCAAAGCCAGGACCAGAAGAACUUCUCAUUGUAGUCAAGUCUGUCGCUCUCAAUCCAGCAGAUGUCAUCAUGCGCGAUCAAGGACUAUUCAUCGCAGGAUAUCCCGCUGUUAUUGGCUUCGACAUGUCCGGCUUGGUACUACAAGUCGGCGAAAAUGUUCCAGCUGGCGAUGAUGGCUUCCAGCCCGGCACUCGUAUUGCUGCAUAUUCUGCUUCUGCUUGGAGAGGCUGCGCUCCCGAUUACGGUCCUUUCCAAGAAAAAUGCCUUGUCCCGUGGCAACAUGCUGUGCGUCUGUCAGAUCAGGAGAUGUCGUGGAACCAUGCUGCGACACUGCCUGUGUCUGUGCAAGUACCUCUUAGCGCGUGGGAUAUGAUGCGUAUUCCAAGAUCCUAUGAUAAACUAUCUUCUCAAGAUCUCAAUCAGGCCGAGAAGAAAGAAGCGCUUCUUAUCUGGGGUUCAUCAUCCAGCAUCGGCACCAUGGGCGUACAAACAGCUCAUCUGAUGUGCCAAGAUCCCAAGUCGCCCUUUGCAGCUGUGUAUGCUACUGCUGGGCCAGCGAACCACGAUUAUAUACACUCACUCGGCGCCAGUCGUGUAUUUAACUACAAGGAUCCAAACGUUGUCGAGUUAAUUGUCGCCGCUGCAAAAGAAGAUGGGCUCGUCAUCCGACAUUGUUUCCUCGCGACCGGAAACCUUUCUUUUUGUCAGGCUGUGCUCAAAGAAUUUAUUGAUGUUGACCCUAUUGAGAGGAAGAUAGCUGCCAAAAUUGGGUCGGCUCCUUGGAUUCCAGCAGAUGCUGAGAACGUUGAUGGAGUUGAGGUCGUUUUCGUGAUGCCAUCGGCGGUUGAAGAGGAAAGACUGGAGCAGUUCAAGUACUGGAUUGGUCAUUAUUUGAGUAAGAAGUUGUCUAAUGGUAAUAUUAGACCAAGUCCUGAGCCUAGAGUUGUAGGGAAAGGUUUGGAGUUCAUCAACAGUGCUUUGGAUAAGAUGUCUGAAGGCGUCAGUUGUACAAAGUUAGUGGUGGAAAUUGGGGAAUGA